AUGUUGUCCAGGGCUGCCCGACCGGCUCUGCGCGCCGCCGCUGCAGCUCCCUCCCGAGCUGCCGCCGCUGGCCCCAGCACCGCCGCCACCUAUGCGACGCUCCGUGAGAUUGAGACCCGUCUCAAGUCCAUCCGCAACAUCGAGAAGAUCACAAACACGAUGAAGGUCGUCGCCUCCACCAAGCUCACCCGCGCGACCCGCAGCAUGAACGACUCCCGCAAGUACGGCGAGGCGUCCAACGAGGUCUUCAAGUCGGCCGAGACCGCGGCCGCCGAGGCCGAGGACAAGAAGUCGCUCGUCAUCGUCUGCUCCUCCGACAAGGGCCUCUGCGGCGGCAUCCACUCGGGCCUCAGCCGCACCAUCCGCCGCAUGUACGCCGAGCAGCCCUCGGGCUUCGACCUCGUCAUCAUCGGCGAGAAGUGCAAGGCCCAGCUGCAGCGCACCAACGGCAAGGAGAUCCAGCUCUCCUUUGCCGGCGUCGGCAAGGACAUCCCCACCUUUGCCGAUGCCCAGGCCAUCGCCGACCAGAUCGUCCUGCUGCCCACCGAGUACACCGACGUCAAGAUCCUGUACAACAAGUUCAUCAACGCCACCAGCUACGAGCCUACCUUUAUUGAGGCAUUUUCCGAGGAGGCCAUUGCCCAGUCCCCCAACCUCUCUGCCUUUGAGGUCGAGGACGAGUCCCUUGGCAACCUGCGCGAGUACAGCCUGGCCAACUCCCUCUACUGGGCUCUUGCCGAGGGCCACGCCUGCGAGCAGUCUGCCCGACGAAACGCCAUGGAGAACGCUUCCAAGAACGCCGGUGAGAUGAUUGGCAAGUACCAGAUCCUGUACAACCGCACCCGACAGGCUGUCAUUACCGGAGAGCUGGUCGAGAUUAUCACCGGUGCCAUUGCUUCCGAGGAAAUGUAA